AUGGGCGACAAAUCGAAUAGCUCGAGUUCAAGCUCACGGCCUCGCACAAGACAACGGAUAUAUAAACCUCCGCCACCACUGGAGGUCCCCGAUAUUGAAGAGGAUGCUGCAGAAAGAAAGCGAAUAUUAAACGUGUUGGCGCAGCGAAGAUAUCGGGAGAAAAAGAGACAAAAGCGAAUGAGAGACAACGGCAGUUCGAAAGAAAGCACCAGUCAAGAACCCGACGAUGAUAACUCGCAGUCGGGCCAAGAUGUGCCCAUCGACAUGAUAGAACCGGUCGAAACCGUCAUCCAAAGUCCAAGCGCCAUGUUUGGCAUCGGCAUCGACAUGUGCUUCACAAAUUGGGACAUGUUGACCGAUCCAACGCUGCCGACGAUGAUGGGCGACUCCUCAACGGCGUAUCACGACUAUCUCGCGACGUCCUCGUCUGCUGUCGCGACAGCAACGACCAUGACGGCCGAUUCCAACGACGACGGGCAAAGGAGUACCCUUCCCUCGUCAACCACCAUGUCCAAUGUAAUGUUUGGUUCACCGCCGUCCUUAGAUAGCAUGUCAAACUCAUCAUCCGAUGUCAGCUUCCCCGACAGCUACCUUUUGCCCGUCCAUGAACUGACACUUCUCCGUGCGAUGCUGCGUAUAGCGGAUCGUCUUGGAUGCAAGGGCCAACUUUGGAGCCUGGAUGCUUUGUCGCCCUUUAAUCAAGGAAUCGCGACACCGUCCCAUCAGCUUCCCACUGCAUGGCGUCCCACUCCCUCACAAGUUCUGAUCCCGCACCAUCCGCUCUUCGACUUCUUGCCCUGGCCCAGCGUCAGGGACAAGAUCAUCGGCAUCCUCUCGCUCCCCGACGACGCGCGCCCGCCUUCCGCCUCGGGGCCCCUCGCCCUUGUUAAUUUUGCGUACGAUUUUGAAGAUAAUGCGGAGGGGGUGAGGAUCUACGGUUCCGACCCGUACGACCCUGCGUGUUGGGAGGUUGGGCAAGUGUUGUUUCAGCGGUGGUGGUUUCUUUUUGAUCGAGAUAUUAUUGAUACGAGUAAUCGGUGGAGAAGGCUGCGAGGAGCGCCGCCGUUGGCGUUGACGGCUGCUGGGAACGAAACUACGGGCGUGUCUUAG